AGGCGCGGGGAGCGGGCUGGCAGCGGCCGGGGGGGAACCCCGGGGCACCCGCGGGGAGAGUUGUCUGUGAGGCACAUGUGUGCGGGCUGCGCGCACACACACACGCACGCACACACACACUUUUGUGUUCACACCCACAAACGCGCCGAAAGAGGCGGCAAAAAGGGAGCGGCGGCGGAGGAAAAAUGGGUCAGGAGCGGGGCAGUUACCUGGUCAUGCUGGCUCCCCCGGUACCAGCAGCAGCCGCCGCCGCCGCCUGCCCGCCUGCCGCCGCUUCCCGCCGCCGCCACCUCCUCCUGCUGCUGCUCCCGGUCGGCUCCGGGGCGGCCAAUUUAAUCCAAGCCCCGCAGCAGCAGCGGCAGCAGCAGGAGCCACCAGCGGAGCCCCGUCGCUGCUGCCUGGCGCUCGUGCGUGUCUCUCACAGUCCGGCACCGGGGAGCGAAAGAGUAUCAACGAGAGUCCGAAAAUCCAGCAUCCAAAAGAGCCAGGUCCGCGCCUGCCUCCUCCUGCCAGCGCCGCCUCUCCUCCGCGCUGCUCUGCUCCGCUCUGCUCUUCUCCUCUUCUUCUCCUUCCUGCGGCGGCGACGGCUGCUGCUGCUGCUGCUCCCGGGCGCGCUCUCUGUUCCCGAGCUGCUGCUCCGUUUCCCCUCCUCCUCCUCCUCCUCCCUCUCACUCACUCUCUCUCUCUUUCUCCCUCUCUCUCCCUCUCCUUCUUCCUUCCCUCUUCGCUCUUUUUUCCCCCUUCCUCCUUUCCUUUCCUUUUUUUUUUUUUUAGCACAUUCCUUUGCUACAAAUAAAAGCGAGGUGUUCAAGCCUCCCGCCUCCCUUCCCACAAAAAGUGCAGUGCAAACAAAAGCGAAGAAAGAGGGCACGGGGUGGGCGGAGUGGGAGGGCAGAGGCACGGGAAAAAUCACCAGAAACCGUUCCCGAGAGUCGAAACACGAGCAACCCUCCUUCCGCUCCUCCUCGCCCCUCGGGGAGAGAAGGGGGACGCCGUGGGGAAGAUGGGGACGGCGCUCCCCGUUUCGUGGCCACUUUCAGAGUCCUCAUGGAGGCUAUGGACCAGCAGUGCAAGUCUGAUGGGAAGCGCAGGAUGUGAAUGCAGGUUUAAAACUCAAAAGACAUAUCUGGAUUCAAAAUGUAUCCUUCAUGGGAAGAAGAUACCACUAAAUUUUAAGGACAGCAGUGGACAGCUAAGACUAGAAUCUUGGAAAUAUUUUCUAAUAUCAGAAGAAGAAAAUGGAAUCCACUAAAGGAAAACCAACAGCCGGAUAACAGCUUGCUAGUUCACAUUUUUUACAACAGCAAAACAAAAAUUAGACACUGUG